CUUUCGAUCAAAAGGAAUGAUUUCUUCUCGCAUUUUUGUGCGAUUUUCCCCAUUCAGUAGUCGAAAUUUAGUUCAAAAGCGAUUUCUUGCCACAGUCCUUUCGCCGAGCACGCAUGUUGAGAGCGAAAACGUGAAAAAACGCAGAAUGGAGAUUGCUGGCUUGAAAAUUCGCGAAAAUCCCGUCGUCAUGAAGCUGGAUACGCCUCAAUAUCGAGCGAUUUUCACCGAAGAGCUUGAAGUUUUGAUCGGAUUGUUCAAAAAAUACGAUUUCGAGUUGAGACUUGCAGGAGGACCUGUUCGAGAUUUAUUGAUGGAAAAAAUUCCAUCGGAUUUGGAUUUCGCAACAACAGCAACUCCAUCGCAAAUGAAGGAAAUUUUCACGAAAGAAGGCAUCCGCAUGAUAAAUUCGAAUGGAGAGCGACACGGAACCAUCACGCCGCGCAUUAACGACAAAGCAAAUUACGAAAUCACAACUUUACGAAUCGAUGUGAGGACUGACGGAAGACAUGCGGAAGUCGAAUUCACCCGAGAUUGGCUUCUGGAUGCGAAUCGACGUGAUUUGACGAUAAAUUCGAUGUUUCUCGGCAUGGAUGGAACAGUUUACGAUUACUUUUACGGGUAUGAGGACCUCAUGAAACGCAAAGUUCGGUUUGUGGGCGACGCUGCGACACGAAUUCAAGAAGAUUAUCUCAGAAUUUUGCGAUAUUUUCGGUUUUAUGGCAGAAUUGCGACUUCCCCAGACGAUCACGAAGACGAAACUUUGCGAAUUAUCAAAGAAAAUGCCGCUGGAUUGGCAAAAAUUAGCGGAGAACGGAUCUGGAUGGAGUUCAAGAAGAUUCUCGGGGGAAAUUUCGCAUGCGAACUCACAGAAACGAUGCUCAAAACGGAUCUCGGGCAAUACAUUGGCUUCUCAGAGCAUCCAAAUAUCGCCGAAUUCAAGCGAUUAUGGAGCAAAAAAGACGAAUUUGCCGAAAAUUAUCAUCAUAUGACGUUAACAGCAUCUUUAGUCAACUCCCCUGAAGAAGCAAUCAAGUUACACGAACGUCUAAAAUUUUCCGCUUACGAACGAGACUUGCUCUACUUCAUCGUAGCAAAUCGCGAGCAAAUGUCAAAAGAAGAAAAUUUGAUUCCUUUUCAACAAAUGUGCAUUCAAACCAUCGCAAAGCCCUCAGAUCAACGCGGAUAUGUCGAAGAACUCGUGAAAUAUUUGGGAAAAGUCGAGUUGUACAAAAAACUUCAUGCAUGGGAAAUUCCCUUUUUUCCCGUCAAUGGAACACUUUUGAAGGAAAAUGGUUGUCCGCCGGGAAAAUGGAUCGGAAUUGUGAUUAAUAAAUUGAAGCAAAUUUGGGCUGCGAAUGAAUUCAAGUCAACGCAAGAGGAAUUAAUGAAACAUUUGCCGGAGAUAUUGAAAGAAUUGAAUAUCGAAGAUGGGCAGGUGAAGAAAAAACCGAAAAUUAAUAAAGAUUAAAGGAAAUUUGUUGAAAAAUUAAUUGUAUUUGUUUAAAUG